AUCCUUUUUUUUUUUUUUUUUUUUUUUUUAAUGUUUCCGGUGUUUAUAUUUCAAGUAGAUCUUUAUUUAUCAAUAUGCUUUGUGUUAUUUAAUGUAAGCUAAGCCGAAUGAAUUAAUUUUUCUAAUCAGGGAAGUGUUUUAUGCACAAUGAAAUACUGGUCGUUGUCUGCAAGCUUUAAGGUGACACUGACGUAAACUUCAGACAUCAUGAACUUGAAGAUGACAGGUCUCGGUGGUAGAAAGUGCCGAUUUCUGAUUGUUCUGUUCUUGUUAUGUAACGAAGGUUUUGCAGAUGAAGAUUUAUACAAUGUACUCGGAGUCCGUCGGACUGCUUCAACCAAAGAAAUAAAGCAAGCGUACAAAAACAUGGCGAGAGAAUGGCAUCCUGAUAAAAACAAGGACCCAUCAGCAGCUGAUAGAUUUACAAAAAUCAACGAAGCAUAUGAAACAUUGGGAGACCCGGAGCGUCGGAGUCAGUAUGACAAAUUCGGUUACACAUCAGCCAAAGAACACCGACAGCAAAGCAGAGGCAGCCCCUUUGGUGACCCGUUUCACGGAGAUCCGUUUGAAGGAUUCUUUCAUAACUUUGAUGGAUUCAAACACUUCAAAUUCGGUGGAUCGGGUUUUACAGACACUUUCAUUGAAAAAAAUGCCAUUAAUAUGAGGGUUUAUGAAACAAAGAUUCUGCCCGAGAGUUACCAGAAGCCGUACAUUCUGUAUGCUUACACUGAAUUCUGCUUCGAAUGUGUUAACAUGGAACCCCUUCUAGAAAAAUUGUUUAAAGAACUAGAAUCUGUUGGUGUUGGCAUGGGGACAUUCCACGCGGGAAGGAUACAACGACUAGCCGUGGAGCUGAGAAUAACUCGAGUCCCGAGGAUACUGGCAGUAAUGAAUGGUCGAGUGACAGACUUCAGGGGUCAUGUGACCAUUCAAAACCUCCGACAGUUUGUUAGAGGCCUCUUCCCAACGAAGUUAAUGCUUCCUAUCAAUGAUAACAACGUUGAUGAUUUUUUGAAUGGCUGGGAGGACAACCACAUCAGGGGGAUUUUCUUCUCACCAAAAGAGGAAAUUUCUGCCAUGUUUCUGGCUCCAGCUUUCUACUAUAAGAAUUUUGUUACGUUUGGACACGUCAACACAAAUGCAGAUGAUGUGUACAAACUUUUAAAGCGAUUCAAUCUUCACAGCGGACAUAAAAGUUUACUGAUGUUUAACGAGGACACACAAUCUCCGAUAGCAUCCUUAAGUAUGCAACAGAUGUCUCGCUCCACGAUUGACGAGAUUAUCGAGUCCAAUAAAUUUCUCCUUCUGCCCCGGAUUUCAUCGCAGGCGUACUUUGAGCAGUUAUGUCCAGCAGAAUUGAAAGCCAAACGUAAAAAGUUAUGUGUUGUUCUGAUUACUAAAAAGACAGAAGAGAGGGAGAGAAAGAAAUUCCGUCAGUACUUACGAAAAUCUGGCUUCUUAAAUCAUGAGAGAGUGAGAUUUACGUACAUGUUUGAGGAAACCCAGGCGAAUGUCAUCAAAACAUUGAAUAAAAAUGAAGACAUAGACAGAGGUGAAACAGUGAAGAAUGUGGUAAUUAUCUGGAGAGUGGAGAGAAAUCAUCUGAGUUAUGAAUGGCUGAAGACAGCCCUGACGAAGGAGAACGACAUGCAGAAUCUCGGCGCGGAACUUGAGGAUCGAGUCAAUCAGCUGUUGAAUUCUGAUGAGUCUUUGGCCUACAGAACCAUACUGCCAGAAUUCCAUAAUGAACAUGCUCUGCAUCUUUUGAUUCGAAUCCUUCGUAAAUUUCAUCACUGGGGAGAAAGAGCCUGGAUGUUUUUUACAGGCAUGGACCCCAUCACGGUUCUGACAGUAUGUAUGGCGUUUGCCAUGGUGUUUGGUAUGGGCUAUUUUAUGUCUACAAUGGCCGCCAUUGAGGAGGAACAGCUGAGAGAGAAACAACCCAAGCGGUUUAGACAAAGACCUCCAUCCAGGACUCCGGACCAAAAGAGGGUGAAUCUGUAUGAACUCUCGCGAGACUCGUACGACACGCUGGUCCUGAAUUCGGAUGCCGGAUUGACCAUGAUUCUCCUGGUGAACUACGAGUCCGGGGAUAAACUUUUCCAGAAAUUCAGAAGCCUUGUACUGCCUCUGACCAGAUACAGUGGGCUGUCGUUUGCCUUUCUACAGCUUGAGAGCUACAUUGGCUGGUACCAGCAUUUACUGGAGGACAGCGUGGGACAUAGAGUAGUUCUAGAGAACAUUAACAUCAACAACUGCAUAGGGACGGUGUUAGCUGUGAAUGGAAUGCGCAAGUACUACUAUAUAUACCAGCCGAAGAAAGCUAGAAAGUGGAUAAGACAGAGUAACAAAAAUGUUCCCAGUGCCAUCGGAAUGUUCGACUCCGACGAGAAUUCCGACAGUGACCAAGACUCUCGUGUAAUCCUAGUGGAGGAACUUCUAGAUGGACUUUUAGACUGGUUCGACAAGGUGUUUGACGGAUCUGAAAGGAAAAUUCGACUCAGUGCUUGGCCAGACCUUGGAGCCAUAUGAAAAGUUGCCCAUUCAGAUCCUGUUAAACACUAAAUUAUGCCCUUUGUGUUCAUGUGCAUGUUAGAUUUAGUGUUUUGUGUGCUACAAGCCUUCUUUCUCUGUGAUCGCCUUUCUUUCUGUGAUCUUUUUAAGUUCCUCUGUUGUAUGUGAAUGUUGUGUGUGACUGUGUCAGGUUUGAAAAGCCUUUAAUUUAUAUUUUAGUGUUGGUGUAGUCUUGGAAUUGUUCAACAUCAUAGCUACUCGGUACUGAUUGCCUACUGAAUUAUAUUUCCCCAUUGCUACCUCAGAGCUUUAUCAACUCUUCAGGAUGACAAUAACUCUAAAUACUGUCUAUUAUGUACAAAGUCCUCGAUUAUAAAAUCACCUUUAAGAUUUUCGUGGUUUCGUGAUCAUUUUUACAUCAGCAUAUUUUAAAUCAAUGGUGGCUAUGAUGAUGAAUGUUUUCCACACGCUGUAACUCAGGAGCCGUGUAUUAGAUUUUGAUUUGAUUCACAAGUCCAUUUGAGAUUUUUAUCCCAUCCAAAUGUAGAAUAUUUUGUAUUUAAGCUGUGAAUUAUACCAGUACACAGAGGUUAGAUAAUUAAUAAUGUAUUGUACCGUAAUUAUACCGGUACACAGAGGUUAGAUGUUGUAAUUCGUCAGAGUUUGUAUCCAGUUUUUGCCUCGACAGAUGCCAAAGAAAACGAGAGGAUUCACUGCCGUGUAGGACUAUCACCGUUGUCUGUGUAACGAGGAUGACAGUGAUACCUUUGCAUUUUUCGACUGAUCUGAUUUGCCAAACUGAAGAGUAUCGCGAGUCUUUUUGACCACAUGAUACUUCUUAUGGGUGAUGUAAUAAUAUAUAAUGUAUCAGAAUAACAAAGUUCUGAAUUCAGAUGUUUAUUAUUGGUAACAUCAGAUAUACUAUGCGUUUACCUGGUGUUUACAUUGUAGUUGUGCAUUACGCAAAAUUGGCCCCUUUCGUGGACCAAGACGAAUUAUAUUUGUCUUAGUCCCUAUAUGCAACAUGAUAAAUAUACCUAAUAAGAAUUUUUUUUCUAACUUGUAACUUCACUGCUACAGGUCUACUCAAAUCAAAAUCCCCAUUUCUAUCACUUUUGUUUACAUUUGGUGUUUUAAUCCAUUUAUGCACUAUUUAUGCAGUCAUUUUAUACAUAUUCCAUAUACUGUUGUUUACAUGAACUACACAAGGAGUUAAUAAAUUUGUAUGUUGUUACUUAA